AUGGCCUCCGGUGGCGACGACGUCGAGACCCUCCGCUUCCUCACCCCCAAGGACUGCGUCGCCGUCAAGGAAAAGUUCGGCACUCCCACCUACGUCUACGACCUCGCGAGGCUCCAGGAGCAGGCGACCAAGGCCAAAGCCUUCCCCAACGCCUUCGGCCUCACCGUCCGCUACGCCAUGAAGGCAUCCCCCAACGCUGCGAUCCUCAAGGUGUUCCGCAAGGCGGGCCUCCACAUCGACGCGUCCUCCGGCUACGAAGUUCACCGCGCAGUCAAGGCUGGAUUCCAGUACGAUCAGAUCUCGCUCUCCACGCAGGAGUUCCCGGACUUCUUCCCGGAGCUCGUGGACAAGGGCCUGAAGGUGAACGCGUGCUCGCUGUCUCAGCUCGAGGCGUACGGCAUCAUGUUCCCCGGCGCCAAGGUCGGCCUGAGGUUCAACCCCGGGUUGGGUUCCGGCGGCACCGGCAAGACCAACGUCGGCGGCCCGUCCUCGUCGUUUGGCAUCUGGCACGAGCUCCUCCCCGAGGCGAAGGAGAUUGUGGAGAGGCACGGCCUGAUCGUCGAUCGCAUUCACACGCACAUCGGGUCCGGUUCCGAUCCCGCGGUGUGGCAGAAGACCAGCGGCAUGUCCCUGGACCUGUGCCGACAAUUUCCCACCGUCGAGACUCUCAACCUGGGCGGCGGCUACAAGGUUGGGCGCAUGUCCUACGAGAAAUCCACCGACCUUCAGGUGGUGGGCUCCCCGGUGAAGGAGCUCUUCCAAAAGUUCGCGGAGGAGACUGGACGGGAGCUGAAGCUCGAGAUUGAGCCCGGCACCUUCCUCCUCGCCAACUCCUGCGCCGUCGUGUGCACCGUGCAGGACAAGGUGAAGACGUCCGACGACGCGGACGGUCACGUCUUCCUCAAGCUGGACGCGGGCAUGACCGAGGUGCUCAGGCCGUCCCUGUACGCCGCGCAGCACCCCCUCGUGACCGUCUCCGCCGCCGGUGAGCUCCCGAAGGAGCACGCGAGCUACGUCGUCGUGGGUCACUGCUGCGAAUCCGGCGAUUUGAUGACGCCGACGCCGGACGACGCGGAGGGCAUCGCGGAGAGAACGAUGGGCGCAGUGGACAUCGGCGACUUGCUCGUGGUGGAGGGCGCGGGCGCGUACUGCGCGGGCAUGUCGUCCAAGAACUACAACUCGUUCCCGGAGGCUCCCGAGGUGAUGAAGGGCGCGGACGGCACCAUGCACCUCAUCAGGCAGAAGCAAACGCUCGAGCAGAUCCUGGUGAACGAGGUGGAGUUGCCGGAUGCCGCGUGCUGA